UCCUCUUCCAAACCCAGCCGGCUUAUCCUUCUGUUCCACAUCCCAUAUUUCUUCUCGCUGCUUUGAGGCUCAGAGGAAAGCCACAGCACUCAGGUCAGCCUUUCUCAGUUUUCUUCAUAGUUGUUGUUUCAUAUUCAAAGAAUGGCACUGUUUAUCGCUUAAAGCUUCAAACUUUUUUUCUUUUGUCACCUUGAAACAGAACACUGUUUAUGGCUUCAAGGAAUUUCCUUUGCUUCCACCAUGGGAAACUCAUCCUUCCCUUUACUACCACCAAGUUUAUUCCUUCUUCUAAAAGACCCUUAAAGAAUCUAAGCUUUUCUUCCAUAAGCUGCAGCCUAAACACUCCUCAGCCAACUAUUGAACCGAAAUCUCAACUGGGUAGUCCCCCAAACGUUAUUAAAAUUCUUGAAGAAAGAGGAUUGAUUGAAUCUGUAACCUAUGAAAAUCUCAGGUUGGCUUGUUCAGACCAAACUGCUGGUCCUCUCAAGGUUUACUGUGGUUUUGACCCAACUGCUGAGAGCUUACAUUUGGGAAACCUUUUGGGGCUCAUUGUACUUUCUUGGUUCCAAAGAUGUGGCCAUAAAGCAGUUGCCUUGAUUGGUGGUGCUACUGGUAGAAUUGGUGACCCUUCUGGAAAAAGCCAAGAAAGACCUGAACUUGAUUUGAUAUCAUUGGAAAAAAACAUUGUUGGGAUUAUGGAUACUAUAAAUAAGAUUCUGAGUAAAAAUGCAAAUUUGGGUUCUCAAGAAAACUCAAACUUUGUGAUUUUAAAUAAUUAUGAUUGGUGGAAAGAGGUUAGGUUGCUUGAUUUUCUUAAACAAGUUGGCCGAUAUGCGAGGGUUGGGAGUAUGAUGAGUAAGGAGAGUGUUAAGAAGAGGUUGGAAUCAGAACAAGGAAUGAGCUAUACUGAGUUUACUUAUCAAUUGUUGCAAGGUUAUGACUUUUUAUACCUUUUUAAGAAUGAAAAUGUUAGCGUACAAAUUGGUGGGAGUGAUCAGUGGGGUAAUAUUACUGCUGGGACUGAGUUGAUAAGGAAAAUUUUACAAGCUGAAGGAGCUUAUGGGUUGACAUUCCCUCUUUUGUUGAAGAGUGAUGGUACCAAGUUUGGGAAAUCGGAAGAUGGUGCAAUUUGGCUUUCACCGUCUAUGUUGUCUCCAUAUAAAUUUUACCAGUAUUUCUUCUCUGUUCCAGAUGCAGAUGUGGUGAGGUUUCUCAAAAUUCUUACUUUCCUGAGUAUGGAAGAGAUAAAUGAGUUGGAGAGUGCAAUGACUAGACCGGGCUAUGUGCCCAAUACAGCCCAGCAGAGGCUUGCUGAGGAAGUUACUCGUUUUGUUCAUGGUGCAGAUGGUUUGAAUGAGGCUCUUAAGGCAACUGAAGCAUUGAGGCCUGGAUCGGAGACAAAAUUGGAUUGGAAAACUAUUGAAGGGAUUGCUGAGGAUGUUCCUUCUUGCUCCUUGCCUUACAAUCAAGUGGUGAAUCUUUCCAUUGUUGAUCUUUCAGUUUGUUCUGGCUUGGUUGAGAGCAAAUCUGCUGCUCGUCGUCUAUUGAAGCAAGGAGGCCUCUACUUGAACAACAAUAGAGUGGACAAUGAAAGUAAAAGAAUAGAGGCUGAAGACAUCGUGGAUGGGAAAGUUCUUCUUUUAUCUGCAGGCAAGAAGAACAAGGUUGUUGUAAGAUUAUCUUGAUUGCUUGUAGCUGUAGCUUAUCAUUUAUUAGAAACUGUUUUGCAACAUUCUUGUAUGUUAAACAAAGUUUUGGAUUUCAUGGUAUAUGAAAAAAAGAAAGUUAAUAUUUUCUCAUAAGGAAAUUAAUUACGGCGGUUGCAAAAGUUUUUAUUCUUAGCUUUUAGGCAUGCUCCUAUUUGUAUAUUUUGUUUCUCUUCUUUGUCUUGUUUAAAAUUUGUAUACUUUGAAUUAUAUAGAUAAACAGGUGGCAUAAACAUCAAUAACAACAUUCAUGUUUUGAUUUUCUGAGGAAGGAACAUCUUUUGUGAAAUGCAUUGGUUGAUUGAUAGGGAUAUAUUUCUUUGACUUAAAAUGAGAAACCACAUGUCGAUAAAAUAAACUUUUCAUUUUUCAGCUUGUUAUAGCAAUUUAUAAUUCUAUUUGUGAUCUUAUGUGUCCUGGCAAUAGUUGAUCAGGAUCACAUUUGAACUCUCAAUGCAGAAUCCCUAUCCCUUUUUUUUAAAACAGAAAAUCUUAAAACGAAGUUGGUUUUGAAGAAUAAUUAGAUAGAAAACUACAUUAUUUGGAAAUCAAAAGUAUUGAGUCUGAUAGUAAUGUGAAUGAUUGUCAAAUCCUCUAUGUGUUUGUAUGCACAACUGAUUACCAUAUUUGCUUUCUACUUCAUAGUGAACGUUAAAUCAUGGCAGUAGCAUCUUUAACUUUGCAUCUUUUGAAUUUGCUAUCUGCCAUCACAAGUUAUUGAAAAUACUCUUGCUAUUAAAUGGUAAAAUAUGAUAUAACAUACAGAUGGCUAAACAUUAUGGUUUAAGCAUUCAUUUUGAACUAUGAAAUGCCACAUUCUUUUCAAGUGUAUACUUAGUGGAGGAAAGCUUACAACAGGGGAAGGGGGCGUCUGUCUUUGCCUUUUAAGUGUGAAAAAGAAUGUAAAGGUCUAAGAAUAAUUGAGCCUAAUACCUGAGCACAGGAAAAUGGUGAUAUCCUUCUGCAUGGAUCAAAUUCUGCUUAAGUUAAAAUUUAUGCUUUUGGCAGGUUGUUUGGAAUUGAAUUCUGAAAAAGUUAAGGAUCACUCAAAAACCUCAAUACUAUUUUAUGGGCAUGCUUAAAACUGUGAGCAAUGUCAUUCUCAUUUCAAAUUGGCUUUGGUGUGAGCAGAUUUUCGCAGGAGAUCUAUGUAUUUUCCUUUACCUGAUGUUAUGCAAUAUGUUAACCUGUUCUGAGCACUUUUGAAGGCAAUGGACUAGAGGUAAGCUAGUAAUUAUUAGAAAUAGUUUUGAACUAUCCUUUGGCUUGUGUUGGGAGACAAUGGUGCCUUACCAUUCGGUUUGUGAGAUAUCAAGCAAGCAAGAUUGCUCAAACUUUGAUAUUUUGGAGCAGUUGAAUAUCUCAGCUGGUGUAAGGCAAGUUCUGUAAGUUACUACUUGUUUUUAUUGUCAUCUACAUUUGAAAAGGAGGGUAUUAAAUGAGUAUUAUCAUAGUUCUACUGAUAAUUUAAGUGUUAUGAUCUACAGAAAAAAUGAAUGCAUUGACUUUCAGCACGCUGGGUUUUUUUUUGUUUUUAUUGUAAUUGCAAGAAGGGAGAUUCAAACACUGUUUGUUAGGCAGGGGAUCAUGUUCCAACUGAUGAACUAAAUGCUCGGGUGCACUUUCAGCUUGCAGAUUGAAUACAAAAUUUAUUAUUACAUCACUGGUUGUGAAAUAUACAAAAUUUCACGCUAGCAUUCUCAUUUUUUUGCAAAGUUGCCUCUGAAUAGUGGAGCUGUGCAUUGGUAGCAAAUUCCAUAGAUCUUAUAAGAUUGCAUCUUAUUUAAAGCAUGUUCAUUUCUCGCUCAUAAAAUGAUUUGUGGACUGAUCUAAUUAGAGCAGAGUUAUUGCAAAAUUUGAUUUGCUGUAAAUGGAAGUUACUCAGCUAGGUAUCCUAGAAAAUCUUCAUAUGAAGAUUCUUUUCUUUUUCUUCUCGACAGGGAAAGUUACCUAGUGGAAUUAAAGUGGAUCAGCCAAUUAUCGGAAAAAAGCCCAACAAAUCAAACA